AUGAAAAUUGCAUUAAUUGUCACCUUGAGCUUGUCUUUGGUUUUUGCAACUAAGUUCAGUAGCAAGUACCACACAACAGCAGAAUUGAAUGAGGAAUUAGAAUCUCUCAGUAGAAGUUGCUCAUUCUUGUCAUUAUCAAAUGCUUCUGAUAGUCCAUUAAUUAAGGAAGUGAACAUUAAUAGAAAUCAAAACAAAAAAUAUAGGGGUAUUGAAUUGGGUAUAUAUAUGUAAAGCUUACAUUUUGUUUGGUGAACAUCCAAGAGAAUUGAUCAGUCCAGAAUCAGGAAUUCAUUUCUUAAACGACUUAUGCUUCGAAAAAACCGACCCAAAAAACUAAUAGAUUCUAGAUGAUUUCGAAUUAAGAUUGAUUCUUAAUGCAAAUCCACUAUCAAGAUAGAAAGUAGAAGGUGGAGAGUAUUGUUUAAGAGAGAAUGAAAAUGGAGUUGAUAUAAAUAGAAAUUAUGAUGCACAUUGGGAAAAGGUUCAAGAUGAUGUCAGAUAAGUAACCUCAGGACCAAAUCCAUUUUCUGAACCUGAAACAAGAGCAGUGCGUGAUUCUUUGAAAUCAUUUAACCCAGACAUCUUCUUAACUGUGCAUUCUGGUACUUUGGGAAUGUUUACACCUCACGCUUAUUCAACAGAUGCAGGUAAAUCAUAAACUCAAUAAUUUAGCUGAACAAAAUGAAGAAAAAAUGAUGGACAUUCUUAAUGACAUAUCUGGCAAGUACUGUCCCUCAUGUGAUGUUGGAGUUGCAUCAUAAGCUAUUGGCUAUUUAGCACCAGGAAGUUGUGUUGAUUAUGCUUAUGAUGAAUUGAAAAUUAGAUAUUCCUUCGCUUUUGAAAUCUAUCACGGUUCUAUCAAUUUGGAAGAACAACUCAAGUCUAGAUCCCAUUCCAGUUUCUUAUAAUUGACAGGCCAAUAAUAAUCAACCAAAAAUAGAAAAUUCGAGCACAACAACAAUCAUUCUUGUUUCUUAUAAACAUCAUCUAAAUACGAAAUGUCUAAAAAAGAAUGCUUUGAUUAUUUCAACCCAGACAGUUCCCAAUACGACUGGUAUGUCUAAAAUUGGACAGAAGCCUAUUAAGAGAUGUUAUUAAAACUAGUCUAAGAGGAGAAAUGA